GGAGAGAAGGAAGGAAGGAGCGAGGGAGGGAUGGAGCCAAAACUGGCAACCCUGCUCAAACUGCCAAACCUUGUCGCUGGGUGGCUGUGACAGGGAGGGGAGAUGCCAGAGAGAGACAAAUAGAAGCUUGGGAAUUCUGGCCACUUUGUCAUGGGCCCUCGGGGGUCGACCCAGUGACACCAGCAGCAGCCAGGCAAAGGAGAGGGAAGACAGACAGGUGGACGGAACACUUACUCAAGCAGAAGGCGUCUUAUAAGGAGGAGACGGGACCGGCGGGUGGCAAAUCUGCAGCGUGGCGCCCACCACCACCAGAGAGGAAGAAGAAGAAGAAGAGCAUCGGGCGUGCGACAGUUCUUCCUCGUCCAGGGCCGGCGAGAUGAAGAGACCCCACGACUACAGCUCCGAGGAGUCGGACACGGACGAGCUGAUUGACGUGGGACAGGAGGACGGCUACUGCCCAGUCACCGGCUCCACGUCCCCUGGCAGCGCUUCACAGAUCCUGGCCAGAAAGAAGAGAAGAGGGAUCAUAGAAAAGAGGCGCAGGGACCGGAUCAACCACAGCCUGUCUGAGCUGAGGAGGCUGGUGCCAAGUGCCUUCGAAAAGCAGGGCUCCUCCAAAUUGGAGAAAGCUGAGAUUCUGCAAAUGACGGUGGACCACCUCAAACUUCUGCAUGCCAUGGGGGGGAAAGGGUACUUUGACGCCAGGGCGCUGGCAGUGGACUACAGGACUCUGGGCUUCAGGGAGUGUGUCGGAGAGGUGGUGCGGUACCUCAGCUCCCUGGAAGGAGACUCCCCAGACCCGAUAGGAGCCCGCCUGGUCACCCAUCUCUCCCACUGCGCGAGCGAGCUGGACCCCCUCCUCCUUCAGUCGCCCCCGACCGCCGCCUUGCCCUUCCCUCCUUGGCCCUGGGUGUCCUUCCCCCAGAUGAGCGCCACGCUGCCGCCCGCCUCCUCCUCUGGCGGGCGGAGGGAUCUGGCCCUGAUGGGGAGCUACCCUCCACCCGCCUCCCUCCGUCUGGCGCCGCUGGUCGGCUGCCAGCAGGGGGUGCCUCCUCUCCUCGCGCCCGGCGUCCUGGCGAGCGUUCACAGGCUCCCGUCUAUCGCCCCGUCCCCGUCCACAGGCCCACCCAGGCCGACCCAGGCAUCCCCUCAAAGCAGGACCUCGCCUCUCCCUCCCGCCCAGUCCUCUUCCUCCCCGCCCACCGCGCCGCCCCUCAUCUCUUUCAGACCGUUCGCACCUCUGGGGUCUCCCACGGUCCAACGCAGGGGGCUGAGUGGCAAGUCGGGCCAAGGAUGGCCGACUGAAAUCGGAGCUUUUUAAGGACUAUUUUUUUUUUUUAAUGAAUCCCAAAUGAACUAUGCAGGAGCGAACAUUUGAGGACUUAUGUGUCUUUUUAGGACUCGACAAGCCAUAUCAGACUGAACCUUUCCGAUAAUCACCAUGUCGAUUAAAGGCCUACUGCAGGGGUCGGGAACCUUUUUGGCUGAGAGAGCCAAGAAAGCCAAAUAUUUUAAAAUGUAUUUCUGUAAGAGCCAUAGAAUAAUUUUUUUAACACUGAACACAACUAAACGCGUGCAUUUUUAGGUAAGACCAACAUUUCUGCAGUAUAAUAGGUCUCUUAUUCUUUGGAAUAACAUUGUUAUUCUGAAGCUAAUUGUGGAAGGGGCGUGACCCGCGGGCCUGCAGCGAAGCAGGGUGUGCCAGGACCGGCCUCGAAAUCAGCAACAGGUGCAUAGAAGGCCCACCUGAGCUUUGUUAUCUAAUCACCUGUCGCAGCAGCCAGGAGGAGAGACGGGGUUGGAACUGGAGCCAGAGCACGAGCGAGAACGAAAGAGAAAAAGGCAAUUGCUGUAAAGCAACUGAGAGACUUAUUGAAAAAUAAAACAAUAUUAUAACCCUGAAA